GAGCUCCCCCUCUCCCCUGCGAAGAAUCAAAAUACAUUCCUAGCAAGCCAGCUACACAAGUUGUCAAAAAGUUAUGCUUGUUUGUCAAGUGGAUAGACAAAACAGGUUUUAUAAAAAUGGACGUUAUUCCAGGUUUUUUUUUACAUGAAUAGUAGAAAAUAUCCCCAUGUCCACAUAACCGGCACUGGUGACAAGUCAUCUACGAAGAGUUGGAUUGUUGAAGCUAAGAAAGUCCUGGUAGCUAGCGUUACCAACCGGGCCAGCCAGCUAACUAAGUUACUAGCUGACCUAAGCUAGUAAUGUCUCUAUCGUUACCACCAGCGGAAAUGCUUGAAACACCACCUGGGUAUCCCUUUGAAGAAAUCAAUUAUGAGGACAUUGAAGUUGAGGAGGUGGUGGGGAGAGGAGCUUUUGGGGUCGUCUGCAAAGCAAAAUGGAAAGGAAAAGAUGUUGCAAUCAAGACUAUUGAGAGUGAAUCAGAGAGGAAAGCCUUUAUUGUUGAGCUCAGACAACUUUCACGUGUGAAUCACCCCAACAUUGUGAAACUGUAUGGCUCUUGCAAUAGUCCAGUUUGCCUUGUGAUGGAAUAUGCAGAAGGUGGAUCAUUAUAUAAUGUACUGCAUGGUGCUGAACCCCUCCCCUAUUACACUGCUUCCCAUGCUAUGAGCUGGUGUUUACAGUGUUCCCAGGGUGUGGCCUAUCUCCAUGGCAUGAAACCAAAGGCUCUCAUUCACAGGGACCUCAAACCACCCAAUCUACUUCUGGUGGCAGGAGGCACUGUGCUGAAGAUUUGUGACUUUGGAACAGCAUGUGACAUUCAGACACACAUGACCAACAACAAAGGAAGUGCAGCAUGGAUGGCCCCAGAAGUAUUUGAAGGCAGCAAUUACAGCGAGAAGUGUGAUGUGUUCAGCUGGGGAAUCAUUCUUUGGGAGGUGAUCACCCGCAGGAAGCCCUUCGAUGAAAUCGGAGGGCCAGCUUUUCGCAUUAUGUGGGCUGUGCACAAUGGCACAAGACCACCUUUAAUCAAGAAUUUGCCCAAGCCCAUUGAAAGCCUAAUGACUCGCUGUUGGUCCAAAGACCCCUCUCAGCGGCCUUCCAUGGAAGAGAUAGUGAAGAUCAUGACUCAUCUAAUGAAGUACUUCCCAGGGUCUGAUGAACCCCUUCAGUAUCCAUACCAGUAUUCAGAUGAGGGACAGAGCAACUCUGCAACUAGUACAGGUUCAUAUGUAGACUACACUGGUAACAGCACAAGCUACAGAAGUGAUGCGAACAUGGAGCACAGUGAUUCUCAAGGGAGCAAUGACACUAUUAAGAUUACGCCUCAGUUUGCACCUCAUUUCAAGCCAAAGGGAGACACAUUAAGGAAUGUGUCUCUUUCCAGAGGGGGCAGCGUUGAGAGUCUGUCAGCACGAACACAGUGCCUGUCUUCUUCUGACAGCAAAAGAAUGAGUGCUGACCUGUCAGAGUUGGAGCCCAAGAUGCAGUUUGCACCUGCAGCAAACCCCCCGUAUAAGCGAGGCCACCGUAAAACUGCAUCAUUCGGAACCAUACUGGAUGUCCCCAAGAUCGUCGUUACAGCCACAUGUGAGUCUCAGAGACGUCGGUCUGUACAGGAUCUGCCAGGCAUCUGCACAGAAUCCAGCCAGGGGAGUAGGAACAGCAGUCGAUCUUCCAGUCCAAGUGUGAGAAUGAUGCCGCCUGACAAGACAAGUGGCAGGGGCUAUUUCUCCCCCGAUGACCCCACAGAUACAAAUGGCUCAGACAACUCCAUUCCCAUGGCUUAUCUCACCCUAGACCAUCAGCUGCAGCCCCUUGCUCCCUGUCCCAACUCCAAAGAGUCCAUGGCUGUUUUUGAGCAACACUGCAAGAUGGCCCAAGAAUACCUGAAAGUGCAAACUGAGAUUGCCUUGCUAAUCCAAAGGAAGAAGGAGCUCAUUGCUGAACUGGACCAAGACGAAAAGGACCAGCAGAACACGUCCCGUCUGGUGCAGGAGCACAAAAAGCUGCUGGAGGAGAAUAAGAGUCUGUCCACAUACUACCAGAAGUGUAAAAAACAGCUGGAGCUGAUCCGGGUUCAGCAACAGAAGAGACAGGGCACGUCAUGAUGAAACACAAACUCUGCCACUCCCCCUCCUC